AUGGUUCACAGCACUACACCGAAGUCAUUUCCUCCUGGAAUCCACGUACCCAGUCUGACCUGGUUCGCCGAUGAUGCCAGUCAAGAAAUCGACUGGUCAACACAAACUGAGCACAUCAAAUUCUUGGUAGCAUCCGGUCUUCACGGCAUCGUACUUGCCGGUACCAAUGGAGAGGCCGUGACGUUGUCACACAAAGAGAAGUCCGACCUCGUUAGCACAACACGUAAGAUUGCAAGUGAGCUCGGUCGAUCAGAUGUUACCGUCACGCUCGGCUGUGGAGGGCAAAGCACACGGGAGGUCAUUGCAGAGACAAAGCUCGCGGCUGAAGCAGGCGCCGACUUUGCGCUUGUUCUUGUACCGAGUUACUUCCACUUUGCCAUUAAUGAGGAUGCCAUCAUCGAGUUCUUCCAGGAGCUUGCCGAUGCCUCGCCCAUUCCCAUCCUGAUCUACAACUUCCCUGGCGUCGUCGCCGGUCUUGACGUCAACUCGGAUAUGCUCUCCAAGCUCGGCUCCCACCCGAACAUUGUUGGCGUCAAGCUGACCUGUGGUGGUAUUGCCAAGGUAGCACGGAUCAGAGCACAAUUCCAGCCUACCGAGUUCUGCGCCCUCGCCGGACAAAGCGACUGGCUCGUUCCUGCCCUAGCUGUCGGCGCUACUGGAACAAUCACCGGCGUUGCCAAUCUCUUCCCGAAGUGUUGCAUUGAGAUCUACGACCUGUGGACUAAAGGGAAGAUGAAGGAGGCUGAAGCAGCUCAACUUGAACUCGCAAGAAUGGAGUGGGGUUUCGCAAAAGGUGGUAUCAAUGGCACGAAAUGGGUUGUUGCAAAGCUUAGAGGAUAUUCGUUGGAGAGCUCUCACUGCAGACGUCCUUAUCCUAAGUUUGUGGAUGCGAAAAAGCAGGCUUGGGUGCUGGAUACUGUGAGUCUGCUGAAGGAGCAAGAGCAGAAACUGUCUUAG